CUCCCCACCCUGGCGCUGCUGCUGUGGCUCGGCCUAAGUCUGAGCCAUGGUUCUGGCCAGGGCCAGGCUGAUGCGGCCGCCUUCUGUCCCGCCGGCUGCAAUUGCUUCGAGCGCACGGUGCGCUGCAUACGCACCCAUCUCCCUGCCCUGCCCCAAGUGCCGCUGGAUACCCAAGUGCUAGAUUUGCGCUUCAAUCGUUUCGACGAGCUGCCGGCCAAUGCAUUCAAUGGUCUGAGCCAACUGACGACACUAUUUCUGAAUGAGAACGAGCUGUCGCAUUUGCAGGAGGAAGCGUUCGAGGGUCUGCAGUCGCUGCAGUUCCUCUAUUUGAACAAUAAUCGCCUAAGCCGCUUACCUGCCAGCAUCUUCCAGCGCCUGCCUCGAUUGGAGGCUAUCUACCUUGAGAACAACGACAUUUGGCAAUUGCCGGCUCACAUUUUCGACAAUCUACCACGCCUCAAUCGCAUUUUCCUUUACAACAACAAGCUGACCAACUUGCCCGUCGAUGUGUUCAACAAAUUGCAGAGCCUGAAGCGACUGCGUCUCGAUGGCAAUGCCAUCGACUGUAAUUGCGGUGUUUACUCGCUUUGGAAACGCUGGCGGUUCGACUCACAGCGCCACAUCAUGACCAUUACACUGACCUGUGCCGCGCCAGCUGCCCUUCAGCGCCACUCCUUUGCCAGCCUCACAGAGCAGCACUUUCGAUGUGUUAAGCCAACCCUUCUCGCCGGUCCGCAUGACAUAGAAGCGUCGAUUGGCGAUGAUGUUGCGCUGUUGUGCCAAGUUGAUGGUGAACCGAAGCCCGAGCUGACCUGGAUGCAGAACACCAAUCAGAUAACCAGCGAAUAUGCGCCGCACAUGCAAAUCUUGGCCAGCGGCACGUUGCGCAUCAAUGGCGUGGCAUCGAAUGACAUUGGCAUCUACCAAUGCAUGGCACACAACGAAAUGGGUGAGAUCAGGUCCCAGCCUAUACGCCUGUUAGUCAAUGAGGACACACACAGAGACACAAGCAACAGCAAUCAAGUGUGGCCCACGUCUGAACAAACGGAUGCGGAACGCACGCCACAGCCGCCUCGAUUCACACUCCAGCCGCGCAACGAAAUUGUCGGUCUGCAUGGCGGUGCACACAUUCUCGAUUGCGCGGCCAGCGGCUGGCCCCUGCCGGACAUACAAUGGUUCGUCAACGGCCGCCAGCUGACACAGUCUACGGCCACGAUGCAGCUGCAGGCCAAUGGCAGUCUGGCCCUGCUCCAGCUCAGUCCGUUGGUGGCGGGCACGUAUCGUUGUGAGGCGCACAAUCGUUUGGGCAGCGUCCAGGCAACGGCUCACAUCGAUGUGAAGGAUUUACCCGAAAUUUUAAUGGCCCCACAAAAUCAAACAAUCAAAUUGGGCAAAGCAUUUGUGCUGGAAUGCGACGCUGAUGGCAAUCCGCUGCCAGCCAUUUCGUGGCAAUUCAAUGGACAGCCUCUGGUUAGCAGCCAGCAUUUGAUGCUGGAGAACGAGAACACCGAGCUGGUGGUCAAUGAGGCGCGGGAACAGGAUGCAGGAAUCUAUCGCUGCACGGCUACCAACGAAAAUGGCGAAACCAGCGCCUCGGCUAGCAUUAGAGUUGAGCGCUCGCAGUCACCUCCACGUCUGGCCAUCGAGCCCACCGAUUUGGUGGCCAUUGCCGGCACUACAUUCGAGCUACCCUGCAAGGCUGAACAGCAGGAGGAUGGAUUGCAGAUUUCCUGGCGGCGGGAUGGCCGUCUCAUUGAUCCGAAUCAGCAAUUGACGGAGAAGUAUCAAAUAAGCGGCGCCGGCAGUCUAUAUGUAAAGAAUGUAACCAUUUUGGAUGGCGGCCGCUACGAGUGUACGUUGAAGAAUCAGUUUGGGCGCGCCACAGCCUCCGCUCUGGUCACCAUCAGAAAUAAUGUUGAUCUGGCACCUGGAGAUCGCUACGUACGCAUUGCUUUUGCCGAGGCAGCCAAGGAAAUUGAUUUGGCCAUAAACAACACCAUUGAUACGCUCUUCACCAAUCGCACGAAGCCGACCGCCAAUGGCCAGCGUGCUCCGCCCAAUUAUGGCGAGCUGUUGCGCGUCUUUCGCUUCCCAACCGGCCAGGCCAGACAGCUGGCCCGUGCAGCGGAGAUCUACGAAAGGACGCUGGUCAACAUACGCAAGCAUGUGCAAAGUGGCGACAACCUGACCAUGGAGAGCGAGCAGUACGAGUUCAGGGACUUGCUUUCGCGCGAGCACUUGCAUUUGGUGGCCGAACUAUCUGGCUGCAUGGAGCAUCGUGAGAUGCCGAAUUGUACGGACAUGUGCUAUCACUCGAAGUACCGCAGCAUCGAUGGUACCUGCAACAAUCUGAUGCAUCCCACCUGGGGCGCUUCGCUGACCGCUUUUCGACGUCUGGCGCCGCCCAUUUAUGAGAACGGCUUCAGCAUGCCCAUUGGUUGGACCAAAGAUAAGCUUUAUGCGGGUCACCGCAAGCCCAGUGCACGCUUGGUAUCCACUUCGCUGGUGGCCACCAAGGACAUUACACCAGAUACACGCAUAACUCACAUGGUCAUGCAAUGGGGUCAGUUCCUGGACCACGAUCUCGAUCAUGCCAUACCAUCGGUGAGCUCCGAGAGCUGGGACGGCAUCGAUUGCAAGAAGACGUGCGAAUUAGCUCCGCCCUGCUACCCCAUCGAGGUCCCCCCAAAUGAUCCACGCGUUAAGAAUCGACGCUGCAUCGAUGUGGUGCGCUCCAGUGCCAUUUGCGGCUCUGGCAUGACUUCGCUGUUCUUUGAUAGCGUGCAGCAUCGGGAGCAGAUCAAUCAGCUGACCUCCUACAUUGACGCCUCACAAGUCUAUGGUUACAGCGCUCCCUUCGCUCAGGAGCUGCGCAACCUGUCCACCGAUGAGGGUCUCCUGCGCGUCGGUGUUCACUUCCCCAAGCAGAAGGACAUGCUGCCGUUUGCUGCCCCUCAAGAUGGCAUGGACUGUCGCCGUAAUCUGGAUGAGAACCAGAUGAACUGCUUUGUGGCUGGUGAUAUAAGGGUUAACGAGCAGGUGGGUCUGUUGGCCAUGCACACGAUUUGGAUGCGGGAGCAUAAUCGCAUCGCCACUAAUCUGCGAGACAUCAAUCCCCACUGGGAUGGUGAUACAUUGUAUCAAGAAGCACGCAAGAUUGUGGGCGCCCAAAUGCAGCACAUAACCUAUAAGCAAUGGCUUCCAAUAAUUAUUGGAGAGAGUGGCAUGCAAAUGCUUGGGGAGUAUCGCGGCUACGAUCCUCAGCUAAAUCCUACAAUUGCCAAUGAGUUUGCCACAGCCGCUCUGCGCUUUGGUCACACGAUCAUCAAUCCCAUAUUGCAUCGUCUUAACGAGAGCUUUCAGCCCAUACCACAGGGUCAUUUGCAGCUCCACAAGGCUUUCUUCGCUCCCUGGCGUCUGGCCUAUGAGGGUGGUGUCGAUCCAUUGAUGCGUGGUAUGUUCGCUGUGCCCGCCAAACUGAAACUUCCCGAUCAGAAUCUAAACACUGAGCUCACAGAGAAACUUUUUCAUACGGCACAUGCUGUCGCUCUUGAUUUGGCGGCCAUUAACAUACAGCGCGGUCGCGAUCAUGGCAUUCCCGGCUACAAUGUUUACAGGCAGUUCUGCAAUCUCACAGUUGCUCAGAGUUUCGACGAUCUUUCGGCUGAGAUCAGCAAUUCUGCGAUAAGGGAAAAACUACGUGAACUGUAUGGGCAUCCGGAUAACAUUGAUGUUUGGCUGGGUGGUAUACUUGAGGAUCAGGUGGAGGGCGGCAAGGUGGGUCCACUUUUCCAGUGCCUUCUGGUUGAGCAGUUCCGCCGCCUACGCGAUGGCGACCGCCUCUUCUAUGAGAAUCCUGGUGUCUUCAUGCCUGAACAGCUGCAACAGAUCAAACAAUCCAAUCUGGGCCGCGUGCUCUGCGAUGUGGGCGAUAACAUUCAGCAGGUCACCGAGAACGUCUUCAUUUUGGCCAAGCAUCAGGGCGGCUACAAGCAGUGCGAGGAUAUAGCGGGCAUCAAUCUCUAUUUUUGGCAGGAUUGCGGCAGCUGCAACAACAUGCCAGCACUUUUCGACACAUUCGUGCCACAGACUUACACAAAACGCAGUCAGCGCAGCAAGCGUGACACCACUGAACAGGAAGUACCCACGGCCGAGAGUUACGACAGUCCCUUGGAGUCGCUGUACGAUGUGAAUGAGGAACGUGUGAGUGGACUGGAGGAGCUGAUUGGCUCAUUCCAAAAGGAACUGAAGAAGUUGCACAAGAAACUGCGAAAACUAGAAGAUACAUGCAAUGCCAUGGACAAUGAACCAGAGCCAGUAGCUGCCGCCCCCGCCGUCCUGAAGCCCAAACGCAGUCAUUGCAUCGAUGACAAGGGCACCACACGCCUCAACAACGAAGUAUGGACGCCUGAUGUGUGCACCAAAUGCAACUGCUAUCAUGGACAGGUGAAUUGCCUGCGUGAAAAGUGCAGUGAGAUCAGCUGCCCGCCAGGCGUUGAACCACUAACACCCCCUGAGGCCUGUUGUCCACACUGCCCCCAGAUACCGCUCAAGAAGCCGAGCAAAUAAAGCGAGGGCGAAGGAAUGGGAGCAUUAGAAAUAUGCAUAUCGACUUAACGUUUAACCAAAACGCGUACCCGUAGUUGUCUCACAAAAACCGAAAACUCUCUCCUUCCUCUUGGCAAUGAUGUUUAUCGGGAAAUCCCUCUUAAAGAGCAAACAAUUAAUUAACAAUUAAAUAAAUGUACUGCUACACAUGUAAUAAUAAAGCACACUGUAUCAAAACUAAA